AUGGAUCUUGUACAGACAGUGCGAAAAGAAGGAAGCCGCGGCGGCCGCGCCGACUUCAAAUGGGAAGAUGUCAAAGCAGACACCCAACGCGAAAACUACCUGGGCCACUCACUCAUGGCCCCCGUAGGCCGGUGGCAACAAGGCCGCGAUCUAAACUGGUAUGCCAAGGGUGACCAGGACAAGGAGGGAGAAAAAUCAGAAGGCGAGAAGCUCGCAGAAGAGAGGCGCAAACUCAAAGAAGCCGAAGAAGAUGCCAUGCUGCGCGCCAUGGGUCUCCCUGUCCCGGAGCGCGCAUCGACGAACGCAAACUUGACGCCUCUGGGGGAGAAGGCGCAUGAGGCGGAUGUUGAGAAGGCUCUUGAGGAGAAAGCAACGGAUGGCGAUGAGGGAGAAAAGAGGAGGGAGAAGAAGGAGCGGUCACGGAGGCCCAGGGACGACGGUGAGCGCGAUAGAAGGAGGAGGCAUAGGUCCAGAAGCAGGUCGCGGGAUCGGAGAGAAAAGCGACGGGAUCGUUCGAGGUCGCGCGAUAGGAGGGACAGGGAUCGCGAUGGCGAGAGGAGACGCCAUCGAUCACGGAGUCGUGAGCACCUACGGCGGGAGGACCGACAUGAGCGGCGUAGAGAGCGACACGGAGACGAUGAGCGACCACGGUCACAGGAGCGGUACAGACAUCGUAAAAGCCGGUCACCAUACGAAAGGCAUGAGAGGCGGCGAGAUUGA